GGAAUGUGCAAAGGUAUUCUGAGAUAUUAAACACUAUCUCUCAUUCUUUCAUUAACUAGUUCAAGGGCUUGAAACUGCAGUCUCAGGGAAAGAUGGUGAAGAUACCUCGGAAUGCUGUUGAGGAGAAAAAGCCCCCUUGCUUCUUCCAGAUUAUUCUACCUGGUUACAGCACUGAGCAUCUGAGAAUCCCACCGAGAUUCAUCCGGAAGCACAUUGUGAACAAACCAUCUAAAAGGGCCACAUUGAAAUUGAAGCAAUCCUCACAGUUUUCAAGGAAUGUUGAAGUGAGAAAAUCAAGAGGAGAUGUGUAUUUGAAAGAUGGAUGGCAGGAGUUUCUGAGAGAUGCCUGCUUGGGUGACAAGGAGAUUUUAGUGUUCGUAUACAAUGGAAAUUUGAGUUUCAACGUAAAGGUUUUUGACAAGAAUGGGUGUGAGAGAAUGGAUUUCCCUAACAUCAAAACACACCAAAACCCAAACUCAACUAGGAGUACUAAAAGGCCUCGUGGGAGACCAAGAAAAUCUAGCAUCGCCAAUACAGCUGAUAUGCUCAAAGAAGUUAAUGAAGAGGAAGUAUAUUACAGUAACAAUACAGAAAAAUCUACCUCCAAUAGUACUGAAAUGCCUUAUGGUAGACCAACAAAAACUACCGAGGAGAAUACCAAGAAGCAUACCAGUAGUCCAACAAAAACUACUUCUCAGAGCAGCAAGAGGUCUCCUGUUGGACCAACAAAAAAAACUUCUGAGAGUACUAAGAGGCCUCGUGGUAGACCAAGAAAAUACCCUGUCACUCUUAAGGACUCAGCAGCAGGAAAGCACAUUCUGAAUUCUGGAUUUGAUGUACUCAAAGAGGUCAAGGAAGAGAAAGAAGACUCCCAAGAAUCUGGUGUUCUGUUCAAAUCAAAAUUGCAAUACUUUACAAGCAAAAUCCUCAAGCUAAGUCAAGUGAGGGAACAAAAUGGUACAAACUACAAAGUGAAGCUUUCCUGUUACCGUGACCAAGCCUUCUUGACUAAAGGGUGGGGUGCUUUCGCAGUUGCUAACCAAGUCAAGGUGGGGAGUCUCUGCCAAUUCCAGUUCUUAAAAGAAAACAAAAUUGUUGUUCUUAUAUUGAACAACUGAAGCUAUCAACCAACUGUAAGAUCAGCUUGAGCUAACUUGUGAUCGAUCUCUAAGAUCUUGUAGCCAUAUGGUACUCGCACUUAUGGUAACUUACCAUUUUGUAUUGUAUUUUUUUAUUACAGUAUGUCAUAUGUAUGUAUUUAGUACUGUUUGUGAUCAUCAAGCUUCCAAUUCCUACAAGAUUAUAUAUGCUACACUGUUGUGAUUGUUAUGUUGUAUACAUAAAAGUUAGUAAAUUCGCUACU